AUGAGGGCCAUCAUUGAGGAGUCUGAUGUAGAAACAUCGAAGUCAAUGCAAAUGCUGGCUCUCACUGAGGGUGCUUUCCUAACACAUCUGCGGCUAGCUCUGCUGGCCACGGGCAAAGAUCUUACAGUAUUGACCAAUAAGCAGCUAAGCGGUCAUUUAAUCGGUCUCUGGAUUGCUGACAACAAGGCUGCUGGUGACCUUUUAGGUCGUUGUCUUCCGCGUGGUUUGUUAGACUUCCUCGAGUCGGACGCAAAAGUGCCUGUGAAAGAGGCAGAUUUGCUAAUUCCUCGGAAUAAUCUGGAAGCAGCAACUAAUGAGCUGCGGCAGAGUGCACUGAAAGAAAAACUUGAGAGUUUCAGGGUAACCGCUGAAGCCGGUCUUGAACGGUUCAUCCAACAUUGGGAUCUGGAGCAAAAACUCAGCUUUUUGCCUCGAAAACAAGACGUAAGUCGGUGCGGAAGCCUUUUGAAUAUGUGACA